GGCGGCCCGGGGGCGGGGCGGGGCGGCGCGCGGGCAGCGGCGGGGCGCGCGGGCUGCCCUGACGGGAGCUGCCCGUGAGGGGAGCGCGGCGGCGGCGCGGCCGGAGGGGGUCCCAGCCCGGCUCCCCCGCUAUGGCCACGUCCCCGUGCAGCAGCAGCGGCGUCUCCUCGUCGUCCUCGUCCGGGCUGGGCGCGGACGCGGGGCUGGAGAUCCGCACGCGCUCCGUGGAGCAGACGCUGGUGCCGCUGGUGUCGCAGAUAACUACCCUUAUUAAUCAUAAGGAUAAGCCAAAGCGUUCAGACAAGACCCUGCAAGCAAUCCAGCGAGUGGGCCAAGCCGUUAACCUGGCAGUGGGGAGAUUUGUUACUGUGGGUGAAGCCAUAGCCAACGAAAACCAUGAACUGAAGGAGGAAAUGAGCGUUGCUUGCAUCGAGGCAAGGAGAGCAGGUGAAACAAUUGCACAACUUACAGAUGUGGCAAGCUUGGAUAAUCCGGAAUCUGAUAGCCACAUAACAAUCUUUACGGACAAAACGGGUGUGGUAAAAGCUGCAAGGCUGUUGCUUUCUUCUGUCACAAAGGUGCUGGUGUUAGCAGACAGAAUUGUUAUUAAGCAAAUUAUAACUUCCAGGAACAAGGUUCUUGCAACAAUGGACCAACUAGAAAAAGUCAGUAGCUUCCAGGAGUUUGUACAAAUAUUCAGCCAGUUUGGAAAUGAAAUGGUGGAGUUUGCCCAUUUAACUGGAGAUCGGCAAAAUGAUUUGAAGGAUGAGAAGAAAAAGGCUAGAAUGGCAGCAUCUAGGGCUGUUCUUGAGAAGUGCACUAUGAUGCUCCUGACUGCUUCAAAGACUUGUCUGAGGCAUCCAGACUGUGAAUCUGCUCGUAUUAACAAAGAUGGGGUUUUUCACCGGAUGAGACUAGCUUUGGAACAGGUAAUAGAAAUUGUAACUGACUCAAGACCAAAUGGAGAAAGUGAAAUGGCCCCCAUCAGCAUAUAUUCUGGCAUCAAAGAAUUCAAGAAUAAGGUGGAAGGUCUCCGUGAGAAUCUUUAUUUUCUCUCAAAAGAGAACCUUUCAACAAUGCUGGAAGUUAUCCUGGAACAUACAGAAGACUUCACAGACUCUGCCUAUACCAGCCAUGAGCACAGAGAACACAUUUUGGAGCUGUCUAAACAGGCUAAAAUGGAACUAGAGCAGCUGGUUUCAGUGUGGAUGCAAGCUCAAAACCAAAAGACAAAGGAUCUCAUGGAAGACUUGGAAGUAGCCAUUUUAAAAACGUGCCAAUGCAUGAAUGAACUUAAAAGAGAGGUCCACAGUGCAGCAACAUCUCUGGCAGCAGAUCUUCUGAAAUACCAUACGGAUCAUAUGGUUCUCAGAGCAUUAAAAAUUACAGGAGUAGAAGGAAAUCUUGAAGCUGUAGCAGAAUAUACUUGCAAGCUAUCAGAGCAGAAAGAGCAGCUUGUUGAGAUGUGUCGCUUAUUGAGGCAUGUUUCUGGAACUGAGCCCCUGGAGAUUACUUGCAUACAUGCAGAAGAUACCUUUCAGGUCACUGGCCCACAGAUAAUUUCUGCUGCAGAAACCCUGGCAUUACAUCCAUCUAGCAAGAUUGCAAAAGAAAAUCUUGAGGUGUUCUGUGAGGCCUGGGAAUCUCAACUGAGUGACAUGUCUUUGUUGCUAAGAGAAAUCAAUGAUGUGUUUGAAGGAAGAAGAGGAGAGAAGCGUGUCUACCUAUCACUGCCCAGACCAGGGAAGCAUAAUGCAAAUCUGAAAGCAUUAAAGCCAGUCAAACUAGACACUGAGGAACAGGCGAAAAUUGCAAAACUUGGAUUAGAAUUGCAUCUGCUAACAUCCGAUGUGGAUUCAGAGACAGAGAAAUGGGAGGAUCAAGAGAAUGAGAUUGUGCAACAUGGGCAAGGCAUGUCAAGUAUGGCCUACUCCAUGUAUUUAUUUACCAGAGGAGAAGGACUUCUGAAAACUACUCAAGAUUUAUUUCAUCAGGCAGAGAUUUUUGCCACAGAGGGCACAAAGCUUGCUUCAGCUCUUCAUGCUCUCUCUGAUCAGGUACACGAUGACAAGCCUUUGCUUCUGUUGGAAGCUGAAAAACUCAUUUCUAUGUGCAAGCAGCUCCAGAUAACAGCUAAAACUUCUGCUCAGGGUAAAAGCGCUACAUUUACAAAGGUUGAUGCAUGCAUUCUGAAAACAAGGAAUGUGAUGACUCUGUUAUGUCAGCUUCUUCCACUUUGCUGCAAAUUACUGCGAAAGAGUAAAGCGGGAAAUGGUUGUCUUAAGCCUGCUCCACCAUGGAAAGAAGACAGAAUACGAACUGGUGCAAAUGCAUGUACUCCAGAAAGAAGAGUGGACACAUUUGGCAUCAAGUCUUUAGAAAAUCAUGUAACAAACAUGACAUUUUUAGAGAGCAAGUAAUCAUAGCACUGUGAGAAAUGCAGGAACUCCCAUUUGAAAAUAACACUUGCUGAAGCUUCAAUACUGCUUUCUUUUGUGGAAAGUCAAGCCAGGUUAAUUUGAUAUAAAACUGUUGACCUUUGUCACAUCUAAUAGAUGUCCCGUUACUUAGCCAUUAAAACACCAGCUAGUCUAAAUGCUCUGUAUUUUUAUAAUGUGAAUGCCUUUCCUAUGCUCACUCUUGAUACCGAUUUUGUAAUUAAUGCUUAUGAAUGUCUUAAUGGAUGUGUCCACCCAAAGAUGCUGCUAAUAGACAUUUUAUGUAAAGACCCCUGUGCUGCAUACGCUAUAUGUAACACUACUGUUGAAGUCUGUAAACUCAGCUCUGGCCUAUUUCAGUCUAUGUAUUUGAUAAAGCAGAAUCAGGAAUAUAGUCUGAAAGGCUGCAGCCUGACGCACUGAAAUGUUACCUGAGUUACAAGUUAUAUCUGCAAUGAAGUAGUCCUAGGGAAAAAAAAAAAACCUUUUCAAUAGCUGCAUCCCUAAAUUUUACUCUUGACAUAAUU